AUGUUUUUUCAAGAUGAAAUGUCACAUGGUACUCAAAUUAAAAUUCUUCUUGACUUACCUAAUGGUUUUCAAGGACUAUUAAAACCGUACAGAGUACCGCGUAAUUAUCAAACACCAUCGGAUCAUUUUUAUUUUAGUGAUAUUGAAAGACAUUAUGCUGAGAUAGCAGCAUUUCAUGUAGACAAAAUUCUAGGUUUUAAUCGUGUUCCUCCAGUAAUUGGACGAGUUCUUAAUAUAACUAGUGAUAUUCGUGAAAAAGCAACACAUAAAUUAGCUAGAACAUUUUUUAUUUCACCUGCUAAUAAUACGUGCUUCUAUGGUCAUUGCUCAUAUUAUUGUGAUAUAGAGCAUGCUGUUUGUGGUAAACCAGGUGAUCAAUUAGAAGGUUCUGUUCAAGUACUUUUACCAGAAUCAUCUGAAAUAGUUUGGGAAGAAAUUACUCAUCCAUAUCGUCGAUCAUAUAGGACAUCACGAAAAGCUAAAUGGGAAUUAAAUGAAAAUUAUUGUUAUGAAUAUAUUAUGAUAGAUGAAUAUUAUCAUAAUCGUUUAUUACUUGAUAUGAUGGAUUUAUCAGCAUUUGAUUUUAUUAUAGGUAAUCUGGAUCGUCAUCAUAUGAUGCGUAUUAGUUCAUUUGGUAACAAUACAGCUUUACUACAUUUGGAUCAUGGCCGAAGUUUUGGUCGAUAUGAUGAUGAUGAUUUAUCAAUUUUAACACCUAUUCGACAUUGUUGUUUUUUUCGUUAUAAAACAUUUGCACGUUUAUAUCGUGUAUAUAAACAAGGUUUUUCAAAAUUAGUUUCAAAUUCAUUAAAAACUCAUGAAGGAUUACAAAUGAUUCUUAUUGAUGAACAUCUUAUUGCUAUUGAUCGACGCUUAGAAAUAAUUUUUGCACACCUUGAAACUUGUAUUAAAACUUAUACAGUGAAAGGAGUUAUGAUUGAUGAUGGUGUUGAUUAG